CCACUUGGUCUAUUAAGGAAGAAAUCUGUGAGGACAGAGCGAGAAAGCUAAAACCUGGGUACAAUUGUACAAAUCGGGCUUGUAUACCAGAAAUUGAUAAGGAAUACCAAACACUGAAAUUAGAAGUAUUACAGACCACAAGCCGCAACUAG